GUUUGGCUGUCCUAUCCGAUACGUGCAUUCGAUAUCAUCCGAUUCACGCUACUUACCAACCAUUCUGCAAUGCUGCAGCUACUUGAGCUUGGCCAUGAGGCCGAAGGUGCAUCUCAGUUCGUUGCGUGCUCUCAUCAAUUCAAACAGGUUCUUUGGGCAAAGCAAUCGAGAAGCAGGAUGACUCAGUCCCUGAUGCUGGCGACCGUGUUUUUUUCGGGCGCCUGGAUCCGGAUGCAGUCCAUGGAGUCCACCGAGGUCGAUGAGAUAUCUAUGGGCUUUUCAGCUGUGGUCACACCAGUAUUGCUGAGCGUGCGCCAACGAAUUGUGACAGCCUCCGAUUUGGCCAGCAACACCACUGAGAAACAGCGCCGGCAGGAAGGAUGUCCGGCGGCCUUGUGCUCCUUUUCCCCAGAAGAGGAUGCACCUUUCAUAUUGGAUGCAGAAAACCAAAGCCUGCACAAUCUUUCGUUGACCAAGAUUCCCACUUCCACACCAGAGGCCGGGGUUCCUGGCAAUGUGCGGGAGGGUCACAUCACCUUGAACUUGGAAAGGUCAGAGCAGGAGAUAGACAUCAUCAAUGAUGUCGUCCACUACAAGAGUGCUUACUAUGGCACCAUCAUGGUUGGAAGUCCGCCAAGACCCUUCACUGUAGUCUUUGACACCGGAAGCGGACACCUGAUCCUCCCAAGCUCGUACUGCCACACAGACACGUGCAAGGUACACCGCAGGUACAGAAGGAGCUCAUCAGCAACAGCCAAAGACAUUGAUUGGGAUGGGCGCAUGGUCAGAGCUGGCGAAGCUCGAGAUCAGAUCACUGUAUCCUUUGGUACCGGUGAGGUCACUGGUGUGUUUGUCGAGGACACAAUGUGCUUUGGACAGCGGGGUCCUGGCAUGGAUACCAGCAGCACAAAUGUUCCAGUUGCAGGUGAAGGUGGAGAAAGCUGUGCCAGCAUGAGGUUCAUUGCAGCCACAGACAUGUCGGCAGAUCCUUUCAAAGAUUUUGUGUUCGAUGGCGUUCUUGGUUUGGGUCUCGACAGUCUUUCCCAAACACCUGCCUUCAACUUCCUGCAGGUGGCAUCAGGUCUCACAAGUGAGCGUGGCAGUGGCUUCAGCAAAGCGUUCGGGAUCUUCCUUGCCGUCCACAAUGAGGAGACCAGUCAAAUUACCAUGGGUGGAUGGGCAGAAGAGCACCUUGAGGAGCAGGUGAGCUGGAGUCCAGUUCUAGAUCCAGAACUGGGCCAUUGGCUUUUGCAGAUCAAGGCACUCCGCGUUGAUGGUGAAGUGCUGCCAUUUUGCGACGAUGGCUGCAAGGCAGUGGUCGACUCAGGGACUUCCCUGCUUGCUGUGCCAACUCCAAUUUUUCCGGAAUUGUACGAGAUGCUGAGGUCUCCAGCAUCGCUUGAAGGAGAGUGCUCCACGCGGAGUCCACGGCUCCAGAUUGAACUGGAAGGUUUCACUGUGGAACUUGAUGGAGAGGACUUCAGCAGGCUGGACCAGAAGUCAACCCCAAGCACUCCUGAAUGGGGUCGUCCGCAUACUCCUGCGGAGGAGACUACUCGAAGGGAUAUGACUUGCAAGCCCAUGCUCAUGGUCAUGGACCUGCUUGUGGCUGAGUUCAGCAGAAAACUGUUUUGGCUGAGCGCCACUGAUUUUGUUAGGCCUGAACCGAUUGGGCCAAAACUUUUUAUUCUUGGAGAGCCUGUCCUCAAGACCGGACAAUUUGUGGUGGCUUCUGGUGAAUGCAGACCAAUGUGAAUGACACUUGUGACUCUUGAAUGCCAAGAGAUCUUCAGAGCUUGGAGGAAGUUCUACACUGUCUAUGAUGCUGAGAAGAAGCGCAUUGGUUUUGGCCGAGCAAAGCACAAACCAACCAGCUUCGCCCUUGACGGUGACCACUGGUGGCUUGCAGCGGACAGAUGCGGAAAUGUUCAUUUUCUUGCAAGUGUUGAAGCCGUGUUCGCCGUUGAGUCUCAAGAUUGUCGUGUAGGAGGAGGAGCUGGCCCAGGCUGGCAGUACUGCAAGCUUGCAAUUGCGUGGCUUGUGUACAUUGUAUGCAACUUAAUCAUAUACAUAUAUGUAUACAGAGUACUUACUAUCCAUUCAAAGUAGUAUGUAUACAUAUAGUUUCCUUUGCUCUAUCUUGGCUUUGGCGUUGCCCAUUUUGGGAUUUCUUUCACGUUUCCAUACAUCGCGCGACAUAGUCGGCCGUAGGCUAGACAUGUGACCCCGGAGGAGGAAAUGAACGACAUUGCCACUUCAGUGCCAGCAGCUUCUGCAGCUUAAAAGGCUUUCAACUAUGCACUUGUUGUGUUCAACACACACUCAGUGUACUGCAUUGCGCACGGUAGUCCACUGUUGUCUUUGCAAUGCAGAGUUUCCUGUAAAGCUUGUGCGCAAGGUGGUCUUUGCCAAAAAAUUCUAAUGUUAAUGCAACAUUUGCUCUCAUGAACUGGGCACAUUGAAUCUGUGAGAGUGUAGCCACACGCGGCCAAUUCUUUGUGACCUAUCUUGCAGUGGACAUGAGGGCAACUAGUGCCAACAGUGGUGACCAAUGACACUAAACCUGGUUGUGGACUUGGCCCCAAAGGGGAUCCAGAAAUGCAGACAGCGCCGAAAAAGUGGAAAAGGGAGAGGGCCAA